AUGACUUGUCUUGCAAGACAAGCAAAUGUUCCUCAACAUGCUGCUGAGGAUGCUGCUCCUUAUCAGGAUGAGGAAAUGCCUGAUUUUUCUGGGAUGUCAUCUGCAGAGCAUGUUGACAUUCCCACUGUUGAUGCUCAGGAUUUCACCACUACUGAAGAAACACCAUCAGCACCUCAGACAGACCCUCUGGAAUCACUGGCAGAAGCAGCAGUUCAAGCAGAUGCAUCUCCUCCCCAGGCUGAAGAACCAGAGCAAAGUGAUGACAGCUGGGAGGUUCCUCUAGCUACUUUUCGCAAAAACUUGCCCUCCUCUGAUUCAGAAAGUGAAUCUUCUGAAGAAUCUUCUCAGCAGAAAGAAGGUGUUGCCCCACCUGUUGCAUCACCUGAACCAGCAUAUGUCCCUGAUGAGCUUGAAGAUUCAGAAGAUGAUGACUCCUCAGAAGAAGAAGAACCAGACUUGGAUGGGAAGAAUUUGUCAACCCCUUUUGAGACUCACAGUGAUGAAUUGGAUUCCAUCCAAAAAUGUCUAUGUGGUCAAAAUAAUGUUGGUACUAAAGGUGUUGCUCCUCAUGUUGACAACACUUCUAACAUUCUUGUGUCUGUUCCUAGAGAUCUUCUGUUGCAACAGCUUACUCACUCUCUAGCUCAGCUUACCUACCACCAGUCCAUGGUGGAGAUGAUUCAAAAGGCUCUUUCUGAUAAAAAAGGGGGAGAAAGAGGUCAUGAAGCUGAAGCAGGAACAUCUCACCCAGGUCAUGAAGCUGAAGCAGGAACAUCUCACCCUUUGGAUGCUAGAGGCAGAGAGCAAGGAGUUAAUGAAGAGGAAGCAAAGAAUGAGGGUGAAGCUCAAGGAGCAAAAGAAAGCAGUGGAUCUAGUGAUGGAGGAGCAGCAGCUGAUACUGAGGAGACUUUGGAUAUUUUACUUUAG